AUGAAUCCAUCCUUUGGAACCGAAUUGACCGGGCUGAGCCUGGCCCAGACCAGUGCGUCAGCCGGGCCAACCAGCUCCAGCGAGCACGGACUGUCGCGGUCCAACGAGUCCGGCCCGCUCUCCGCGCGCACCACCUACAGCGACGACGAUGGAGCGGUCAAGCUGUACAACUCCUACCGCUUCACGUUUGACACCGUGUACGGCCCCAGCUCCAGCCAGGAGGAGGUGUAUGCGCAGUGCGCCCGGCCGGCGGUCCUCAACGUCCUGCAGGGCUACAACGCGUCCAUCAUCGCCUACGGCCAGACGGGGACGGGGAAGACCUUCACGAUGGAGGGGGAGGAGGGCAGCGACCGGUCUGGCAUCAUCCCCCGCGCCAUCCAGGACGUCUUCUCCAGCAUCGCGCGGGACACGGGGGAGCGCUGCCGCUUCCUUGUGCGGGCCUCCUACCUCCAGAUCUACAACGAGGUCAUAUCGGACCUGCUCAAGCCCGGCCCCGGGAACCUGGGGGUUCGGGAGGACCGGCGACGCGGCGUGCAUGUGGAGGGCCUCUCCGAGUGGGUUGUGCGCAGCCCGGGCGAGGUGUUCAUGCUGAUGCGCAAGGGCGCCGCGGGGCGCACGACGGGGGCCACCAAGCUGAACGAGGCCAGCUCCCGCUCCCACGCCAUCUUCAUGCUGACGGUGGAGAAGGCGGUGCUGCUGGACGACGGCCCAGGCGGCGCCUCGGCCGCCGGCCUGGCGGCCGCCAUGGAGCUGGCCGGCGUGCCCGGCACGGGGCCCGCCCUGCGUCAGACGGUGCGCGUGGGCAAGCUGAACCUGGUGGACCUGGCCGGCAGCGAGCGCGUGCACGUGACGGGGGCCACGGGGCAGCGCCUGGAGGAGAGCAAGAAGAUCAACCAGAGCCUGUCCACGCUGGGCAACGUCAUCUCCGCGCUGGCGGGCGGCGCGCGCGCAGGGCGCGAGGGAAAGCCCCACGUGCCCUACAGGGACAGCAAGCUGACGAGGAUCCUGGAGGACUCCUUGGGCGGCAAUUGCAAGACCACCUUCCUGGCCAUGAUCAGCCCGGCGGUGGAGGCCUACUCAGAGUCGCUGUCCACGCUCAAGUUUGCCAACCGGGCGAAGAACGUGAGGAAUGCGCCGACGGUGAACGAGGACCUGGACCACCGGACGCUGCUGAGGAAGUACGAGCUGGAGCUGCGCAGGCUGCGCGCCGAGCUCCAGCAAAAGUCCAAGGACCUGGUGGACAAGCGCCUGCUCCUGGAGCUGGACGCGGCGCGCCGGCGCGAGCAGGCGGACAAGCUGGCGGCCAUCUCGGCGCUGGAGCGUCAGAGCGCGGAGAUCAUGCGGCACAAGGCGGCCAUGGCGGCGCUGCAGGGCCGCAUCUCCCUCAUGCAGUCCCAGCUGCUGGUGGGGGGGCACCGCGUGGAGGACACGCCCCAGUUCCGCCAGCUGCUGGCCGCAGAGCAGGACCGGAUCCGGGGCCAGUACCAAGCGCGCCUGGCGGAGCUGGAGGCGGAGCGCGAGGUCAUGGCCGAGGGGCACGCCCAGGUCGAGCGAUACCGCGUGCUGCUGUGCAAGCAGCGAGACAUCAUGACCGCGCUGACUCAGCGUCUGGGCGAGCGCGACGGCCAGGUGCUGGCCCUGCAGGGGAAGCUGGACGCGGCGCUGGCGCGGCAGAGGGAGCUGGAGGAUGGCCUGGACGCUCGGACCGCCGAGAUGCUGGGCAUGCGCCGGGCGGCCACCGAGGCGGCGGCUGAUGCAGCGACGCAGGGGGGGCCUGCGGAGGAGGGCGAGACCGAGGAGGGUGCGACCGAGGGCCUGGACGGGGCGGCAAGCGGCGGCGGCGCCCCGCAGGGUUCCGCCGCCGACGCCGCGCUGGAGCACACCUCGCUGUGGCGCAUCCCUGCCGUCAGGAUCGGCGCUGGGCACGAGGAGCGCCAGCCCGGGCCCAUGCUCCUCGGCCCCCACACCGACACCUCCAGCGAGGCCGGCAGCAGCGUGAAUGGCCGCGGCGCGAGCUCGCAGGGCGACGCCGGGCCCGACGGCGACGGCCGCACCUCAGACACAGCAUCGCAGUCGCCCGCACCGGACCCUGCCCCGUCUGCCAGGAGGGCCGAGGUGCUGGCCUCGCCAGCGGCAGGCAUUCCCGGCACCGACAGCCCUGCGGCGCGCCCGGCGUCGGCCACCAAAUUGCCGCCAGACACCCCCACCCUCCUGCAGACCAAGCUGGAGGCACUGCGGCGGGAGCGGAGUGCGCUGCGCUCCAUCCUGCAGGAGAAGGUGGCGGUGGUCGUGGCGGACGCCGAGCGCUCCCUGCGCUCCGGCGGUCUGAACGCCGAGGCACCCCAGGACGCAGUGAAGAAGCUGUCGCAGCAGCUGGCGUACGUGCAGAAUCUGGUGGGCGCCACCAUCAGCGCCAUGGCCCCCUCGGAGUGA